GAAGCUUCCAGCCUCUCUUGCUCAUACCCAUAUCCAGGCUAAUCCAACCCAGCUCUUUAAAGGCCAGCGAGGGGGUGGGGACCUAAACCAGCAUGAUCCCCCUGACUCAUUUCCCAAUAAUGUGAGUGAGCCUGCGAGAGCUUUUGAAAAAGCCUGACAGUGCAUUGUACUCAGUGGCUGAUGGUAAAGGGGAUGACCAGAUGAGUGUGUGGAAGCUGACAGGAAUCUGAAGAAACCAUCUAAACUGUUUAGAAGAUAAGGGUGGGGACCCACUUCAGCUGGAAAGAGAAGUGAAAAGAAGAGCACCAGUAUCGCUGAACAGCUGACUGCUAAAGGUCUCCAUGGAUCUUGGACAUUGCAUCAUUUUUGGCAUUUGUGCUCUGAAUGCAGCUGUUUGGGGUUGUCCGCCACAAUGCAAAUGCAAAGACAACAAAAUUAUAUGCCAAGGCUAUGAAAUUCAAGACUUUCCAUCGGCCAUUCCUGCAACUACAAGCGCUCUAUAUAUUUCCAAUACCAGCAUUUCUUCACUGAAACCAGCCGACAUUGAUGCAUUUUCUGAGGCUCUCUCGAUAUUUGUCAUCAAGGAUUCAAGAAUAAGUGAAGUACAGCCCCACACGUUCGACAAGACCCACAAUCUUCGGGCCUUAGGGUUAACAGGAACUGAACUAGUUUCUCUACCAGAGACUCUGUUACAGAACCUACAGCUGCUUUCAUCCCUCACACUGAGCAACAACAAAUUAAAUGACCUCUCUACAUCUUUGCUAACUCCUCUUCAAGCUCUGAAGACCUUAGACCUGAGCAAAAACAAGCUCAGUUCUGUUCCAGAGAAGGCAUUUCAGGGUCUAAUAAAUUUGGAGCAGCUCAUGUUGCAGAGAAACAGCAUUAAGGAACUGUACAUGGGGACUUUUCAUGGACUUAGCAAGCUUAAAGUUUUGUCCCUCCAAUACAACAGUCUAAAAGUGCUUCCAGGCAAUGUCUUUGAGCAACUGGUUAACCUCGAGAUGCUGCACCUGCAGAACAAUGUUAUCACGCACUUACCUGCAGAACUUUUCGCACAUCAGCAGAAGCUGCAAAAGCUCUAUCUCUCUAAUAAUCAGUUAUCUUCACUUCCGGAGGGCAUCUUCUUGAAUCUUCCCAAUCUGCGCCAGAUCUCACUGUAUGACAACCAGCUGCGAAGUUUGUCUGCUGGAACCUUUGGCUUCAUGCCCCUCCAGGACCUGUGGCUGUACGACAACAUGUUGACCCAGCUUGAGGAAAAUGUGUUCAGCAAUUUAACUCAAGUACGUCUUUUGGUGCUCAGCAGAAACCAGAUCUCACAUGUCUCACCUGGAGCCUUUAAUGGACUGACUCAGCUGGAAGAAAUUUCACUGCACACCAACCGCCUGGUCACCCUUGAAGAAGGACUGUUUCGAGGCCUCCCAAAGUUGGUCAACAUAUCACUGGAAAACAAUAUGAUUGAGGACCUUCCAGGGAAACUUCUUGAUGGUGUCUCCAACCUAUUUCAGCUGGAGCUUCAAAAUAACUCUCUACCAUAUUUAAGACAGGAGCUUUUACACUCACUAACCAAUGUUGACAAUGUGGUGCUUGCUGUAAAUCCCUGGAAGUGUGACCAUAACAUUUUACCGCUUCGCAACUGGCUUAGAAAGUACCCAGAAAAAGUAAAAAACAUCACAUCUCUUACAUGUCUUAGUCCUUCACACUUGAGAGGUGUCAGUAUAAUAAAUCUUAGCGAUGACAUUUCUCAAACACCCACUUCUGAAACCACUGGAAAUGAACCAGUCACUCCCACAGAAAAACGACGAAGGCCUCACACUCCCCCACCCAGAAGGAGCACCCUAGCACCUGCUAACUCCACAUCAUCCUCAGAGAAAGGAGAGGACACCAGCAAUGAUCAGAGAGAGGUUGAGACAAUGUCUAAUAAUCUCCACAUAAUCAUUAUUGCUGUAGUCUGUACUGUAGCCAUUGUCAGUAUCAUCAUCUGUGUUGCGUGCUGGAGGAGGAACAAGCGGGGAAGUCGAGAUUUACGCCAUCCAAAUCCGAAUUCGGUUAUCUAAAGUAGAGCAAAGUUUAAAUGCGUGUUCUACUAUUUGCUGUGGAGUAGCACACUGGUGUGCUAUCAAGUAAGACAAAAAAAAUGGCUUAUACAAAUCACUCAUUUUCACACUAUGUUAAAAUUUAUUGCAACAGGUGAAAAAGAGCUGAAAAGAACUGCUUAUUAACCUGUGUGGAGUGCCCUUUUUAGUGCUGGCAGGACAGUGAAAAGGGUUUUUCACCAAAUAAAUAAAUAAGUAAAUGCAGUACUGUGCAUACAGCAUCCUUCAUUAAUCUAUUUAAAAUGUCCAUUAAGUACAAAAUAUUCCAUUUCUGUGUCGGAAAGAAAACAACAAUUAAGUCUCAACUAAAUAUAACAUCACCAUUUAGUGUGUCCACUCUUGCUUUUAUUACAGCUUCCACUUUUCUCAGCAGACUUGUUGUCAGGUUUUCAAAGAGACCUGCAAAGUUCAGUCUUAGAAGUUAGUUGCAUUUUCAGCAUCUCACGAUACAGAUAUUCCCAAACACAUUCAGUGAUGUUGAGGUCUGAACUCUGGGGUGGACAUUCCAUUAU